AUGCAAUUCACACCUCUACAGUCCCGUCUUGUAGCAUCGCUAGGCGCAUCCGUCAUGUUGUUGCUGUUAUACUUUUUGCUCUUAUCACCUGGCUUCGCCCAGGCGCAACAACUUGCCGAUGCGCCAGGCUUCUUUCUUGACGAGCGAUACACAAGCGAAGACGAUCUUGUCGCACCACUGGAUGAUACCAGCAAGCUCGACAUCACCUACAAAGCCGAGUUCCCCGCCUUCGAUCGCAGUAUUAUUGGAAGGGCACCACCAGGGGUGACAGGCCUUCUGAACAAUGUCAAGGAAAACCGAAAUGUCAGACCCGGGACGACGCAACAGUUUGUCUUUGAGGCCAGUCGCAUCUGGCCAGACGAAGUGGCGUCAAGGAGCACUGUAAAGACGAGGCACACGAGCAACCUAACGCUUGCCAACGGGCCGCCUGUCGUCGACGAUGACACAUCUACCGAGGAUGAGGGCGCAAGUGAGGACCUGGGUCUUCGUCGACGACAAGAACGCAUCAGGACGAUCUACAUAUCGGCCACCACCUGCAUCCAACCGCAGCGGAGUGGGAACAACACAUCCAUGGAUCCGCCUCAGAUCAGUCUAUUCGUGUCAACUUCCCUCGAUAACCAGCUCCCGGGCGCCGACAAGCCAAUGGUGAACCAGACGUACAGGGCAUUCGAUGAGGGAGCGGUGAUGCUCAAGCUCAACGCUACCGGUGAUGUCUUCUUUGGCAUCUCAGCUCCGACAAGCAAUGAGGUUAUGUUUGACGGCGAGUGGAACUUUGAUGUAGCCGUCUCGACCGACGAUUUCUAUCAUUCCUAUGGCAAUAACCAGGGGGGGCUUCUUUGGGUGGAUAGCGACUCCAGCGCUGCUCUGCUCAUUACACCCAACAUGACGGACAGCACCGACGCGGUCCAAAUCCAAAAGAUCAUGGAUGAGGGGCCGCAGUAUGUCAUGUUUGUGGAGAACGAGGAUGGAUGGAAAACAAGAGGCGUGCGUCAUUCCAUGUGCGGCCUCUCCAACUAUGCGCAGAUGGCGGCGAAAGCGGGCGGAUCCUUCGGCGACAAGGCCACGACGGUCAUGACGACGAGGGGACCUGGAGGCCUUCCGAAGCAGCAGUUCUACUUCAAUGGGUUAAACGCGAGCUCUUCGUACAAUGGCUAUCUCGUAUGGACGGGUUCGGAGAGCCUCAAGCGACAGACACCGAAUCGCGCGGGAGGCGGAGGUCGGGUCUUUCAGAGCACGCAGUUCGAGACCAAGUCAGGCGAUAAUUGCAAAAUCAUCACUGAUCUUACAUUUUGCAACGAGACUGAAUAUGCGGUCCCAGCGAAUGACCAGCGGUUCGACAUCGCCGAGCUAGCUCGGUUCUAUGACGAUUAUGCCAGGAAGAUGUAUGGCUACUUCGAGAGGCAGCUCGCGCAGGUUGCCUGCGAAGCUCCAUCACACCAAUUGUACUCCCUAGCUCGCGAUUGUAGGGAUUGCGAGGUAGCCUACAAGAAGUGGCUUUGCUCCAUUACGAUCCCUCGUUGCGAGGACAUCUCGAGCACCAACGAAUUCUCGUUCGUCCGGAAUCUCAACCAGUCGUUUCCAAACGGCACCAAGGUUUCUGAAGAGAUGGUCGCGCAAUUUCCAGAGGUGGCGCACCUCAAGUCAAGAAAUGAUCGCAUUGACGAGGAGGUAGCACCAGGACCAUACCGCGAGAUUCUCCCCUGCGAGGAUCUCUGCUACGAUCUUGUUCGCAAUUGCCCUUCGUCGCUGGGCUUCAAGUGUCCACGACCGAGGCAGCACGUGUUCAACUCGAGCUACCAGAUCCGCGGCGAAGGGCUGACGUGCAACUAUCCUGGCUCGGUGCACAACCCGUCGGGCUCAUCAGCCCCCGCGGUGUCCUGGCUGACGCUGUCGUUGCUCAUGUUUGUUGCUUUUGGACGGACAUCGGCCUGA